AUGUUCAACUUUAGAUAUGUGAACAAGAAGUUUAGCAAUCAAUACAAGGCAACAUUAGGAGUCGAUUUCUUGACAAAAGAAGUGGAAUUUGAGGAUAGGCUCUUCACUAUACAGAUUGUUGUCUUCUUGUGUAUGAUGUCCAACUUGGUGUUUGCCUCAAAUGUUCAACAGUAUGGAUCGUCUUCUGCGGAUCCCUUUACUUCUAAGAGAAAAAGGAUAACUAUUGAAGAUUUAAGGGCGUUGUUGGAUUCCUUUGUCAACAAGUACGCAUAUUUUAUACAUUUCUUGUUUUGCAAAAAUGAGGAAGAAGUUGUUGCUGUGAUUGCUCAUGAACUUGGUCACUGGAAACUGAAUCACACAAUGUACUUCUUCAUUGCUGAUCAGGUUCAUGUAUUGGGUGCUCGUGAUUUUCAGUUGGGCAAGAUUGAAGUUCUCAGGGAUCAUAGAGCUGAUGAUAUCAAAUUCAAUAUUUUUGGUAUUCCCACUUAUUGUGCUAACCAGCGUGAGGUCAUCAAAACUUUACUCCCAUAUCCUAUGAAGAAGGAGCCUUUACUUGUUGAAAAUAUACCAAUCUACAAACAUGGGUCAUUCAUGACUUCUCUUGAUUUGCAGGAUUUUCGUGUUGUUCUUGAUAAAGAGUUGGGAUUGAUAUUGAAGCUAAGAGACAUGAUGAAGGGUUUUAGAGCUUCUUCAGACACCUUAAUGACAAGUUACUGA